GAGUCCUGAAUCCCACAGACCUGAGAAGAGGAAGCUUGUGGGCCAGCCACCUAGUUCUGCCUGUGUUACAGUGAAAAGGAGCUGCUUAGGAAAUGAAGCCCUUGGCUUUGUUAGUAGAAGUAUUGAUCAUUAUUGAGGUCACAACUAAAAAUACCGAAGCAGAAAGAUAUAAUAAUAAAAAACAAAAACAAAUGAAUGCCACCACACAGGUAUCAGGGAGUAAAGUCAAGCAGUUUUUAUCGCACCUACCGGAACAAGCAAAAUCAAGUAAAAUAACCAAUAAAAGAGAAAAUCCCUUAGACAAAAAGAAGCAUCAACGUAAGUUAAAAAUAAAAGGGAUUCAAAAUAAGGAUCUCCUGAAGAGAAAUCGAAACUAUCUCAAAAAGCAAGCCAAGAAAAGUAUCACAGAUAAAGGAGAUGAGUUAUUUAAGAUGGGCAACAAGAUUCUCCAGGAGUCUAAAAGCCAAAAACAAAAAACAGAAGCCUACAUAUUCUUUGCCAGAGCCGCUGACAUGGGAAAUUUGAAAGCUAUGGAGAAGAUGGCUGAUGCUUUGCUAUUUGGAAGUUUUGGCAUGCAAAACAUAACAGCGGCUAUCCAGUUGUACGAGUCCCUGGCUAAGGAAGGAUCACACAAAGCCCAGAACGCACUAGGAUUUCUAUCUUCUUAUGGAAUAGGAAUGGAAUAUGACCAAGCCAAGGCACUGAUAUACUAUACAUUUGGAAGUGCUGGAGGAAGCAUGAUGUCCCAGAUGAUUCUGGGAUACAGAUAUUUGUCAGGAAUCAAUGUUCUACAAAACUGUGAAGUUGCCCUAAAGCAUUACAAGAAAGUGGCCCACUACAUUGCUGACAAAUUGGAAAAAAGUGAAGGUAUUCCAGUGGAAAAAGUGAGACUAACCGAGAGACCUGAAAAUCUGAGUUCCAACAGUGAGAUUUUGGAUUGGGACAUAUACCAAUACUAUAAGUUUUUGGCAGAAAGAGGAGAUGUUCAGAUACAAGUAUCUCUUGGACAGUUACAUCUAAUUGGAAGGAAAGGCCUAGAUCAGGAUUACUAUAAGGCAUUAUACUACUUUUUAAAGGCAGCAAAGGCUGGGAGCGCAAACGCCAUGGCAUUUAUAGGAAAGAUGUAUCUGGAGGGGAAUGCUGCCGCACCGCAAAGCAAUGUCACAGCCUUCAAAUACUUCUCCAUGGCGGCCAGCAAGGGCAAUGCAAUUGGUCUUCACGGCCUUGGCCUCCUUUACUUUCAUGGAAAAGGUGUUCCUGUGAAUUAUGGCGAAGCACUUAAAUACUUCCAGAAAGCUGCCGAGAAGGGAUGGCCCAACGCACAGUUCCAGCUGGGCUUCAUGUACUACUCUGGCUCUGGAGUGUGGAAGGAUUACAAACUCGCCUUCAAGUACUUUUACCUGGCUUCCCAGAGCGGCCAGCCUCUCGCCAUUUACUACCUAGCGGAGAUGUACGCCACCGGCACCGGGGUGCUGAGGUCCUGCCGAACCGCCGUGGAGCUUUACAAAGGUGUCUGUGAACUAGGCCACUGGGCUGAGAAAUUCCUGACGGCCUACUUUGCCUAUAAGGACGGCGACGUAGAUUCUUCGCUUAUUCAGUACGCGCUGCUUGCCGAAAUGGGAUACGAAGUAGCUCAAAGCAAUUCAGCAUUCAUUUUGGAAUCUCAAAAAGCUAAAAUUCUGGGGAAGGAAAAGAUGUAUCCAAUGGCACUUCUGCUAUGGAACCGAGCUGCCGUUCAAGGGAAUGCUUUUGCUCGGCUGAAGAUUGGAGAUUACCAUUACUAUGGCUAUGGGACUAAGAAGGACUACGGCACCGCGGCCACACAUUACAGCAUCGCCGCAGACAAGCACCACAGUGCCCAAGCCAUGUUCAACCUGGCCUACAUGUAUGAACAUGGCCUGGGUAUCGCGAAGGACAUUCACCUGGCCAGAAGGUUGUAUGACAUGGCUGCUCAGACAAGCCCAGAUGCACACCUACCUGUGUUCUUUGCCCUUAUGAAACUGGAAACUAUGCAUUUGCUUCGAGACAUCCUGUUUUUUAAUUUUACCAUGAGAUGGAAGUGGCUGAAACUGGACAGCACCGUUGGACCAUACUGGGAUUUAUUUGUGAUUGGCCUAAUUGUUGCCAUGCUGAUCUUCUUGCUUAGAAGUCGUCAUAGGUAGGCUCUGGACCAUCAGAAAACCUGCUUGCAGGUUCACGCAAGCUAUCCUCACAAAAUAAAGAAUGUCCUCAUCCAAGUCAAAAGCUGCUGCAGAUUUCCCACACAGGCUGUCACAGAGAGUGGACAGAGCUUAACAAACAAUGCCACACCUCCUGCUUAGUUGAGGGGACCACAGGGAGAUGCCAGGACAGGUCAUCUAAGACAUUGUCCCAUGGUUGUCAUCUUGGUGAGCUGGUCCUGACCUCAGUAAAGGCCACCAUCUUCAUGCUGUAACAAAGGUGCUGCACCCUUU